AUGGGCCGCGACAUCGUCUUCGACCUCAAGCCGCUGACUUUUGAUGACAUUCCCGAUGUUAGCUCGGCUCCCGAGGACUUUUCCGCCUUCCUCGAUGCCUACUUUGACGCUGGCGAGCGGCUUGCCGACUCUAUGGAUGAAUGGUCCGAUAGCGGGAUGAGGGAGAACGGGACAGUCCAGCUCCGCAGCAUCAACACCGGAUACGGGCAAGCCAAACUGCGCAAAUCCAUCGGCGUAAGCGAGUACUGGUGUGGUCGCAUAUCGUCCUACGACGCAGAGAGUUUGAAGCCAUACGCGCCAACGGCCGAAACGCCGUCUACUCUCAACCUCAACCCCCUCAACCCACUCAACCUCGUCCGGUCCAUCAGUCGGCGGCUGAGUGCGGAUAAUCGCCGGUCAAUGGAUCUGGAUGAGGUGGCCCGCCAGGCGCGCGUCAUGUCCCAGCACCCGAGGGGCAUCUAUGAGCAUUUCCGACGCGGACUGCUCGAGUAUCACUCGGAGAACGAACGCGAUUACAUCGAGUCGUGUCGCGAAACCCAGUGCCUCGCUGUGCUUAUUCCGCAUGUCGCAGAGGUGUGGCGGCUCACUUAUGUCACGCCGCCUCCUACGAGUCCGCGGACAUUUGUCGUGCUUCUCCUCUCGCGCGAACUGCAGGUCGCGCCACAUGGCCAGCGACGUUUUAUGAAUAUCUCCCUGCCAUUCAAGCAUCCCGACUGUCCCGAGAAACAGGGGCCGGAAAAAGCUCGCGUGCGUGGAAAAUACGUCUCCGUAGAGCGUGUGUGCGAGACCGAAGGCGGAAAACGUACAGAAUGGCGUAUGGCUACCUCGUCCGAUGCCGGCGGCAGUAUUCCGCGCUUCGUUACAAACUCGGCCCUGCCAAAGAGUAUCGCAGAGGACGUGCCGUCCUUCCUGCGCUGGAUGAUGAAGCGGUACACGGCCGACGAAGAGGCUGAGAACAAGGACAAGGCCAAUGCCACCAUCAACACAUAG